AUGUCCUGCCAGCGGCGGAGAACCCUCAACCGCGUGCCUGAGCGGGACCGGCCCCAGCACCGCGGACAGAGCCCGGCUCCGGUCGGACCGGCCCCAGCACCGCGGACAGAGCCCGGCUCCGGUCGGACCGGCCCCAGCACCGCGGACAGAUCCCGGCUCCGGUCGGACCGGCCCCAGCACCGCGGACAGAGCCCGGCUCCGGUCGGACCGGCCCCAGCACCGCGGACAGAGCCCGGCUCCGGUCGGACCGGCCCCAGCACCGCGGACAGAGCCCGGCUCCGGUCGGACCGGCCCCAGCACCGCGGACAGAGCCCGGCUCCGGUCGGACCGGCCCCAGCACCGCGGACAGAGCCCGGCUCCGGUCGGACCGGCCCCAGCACAGCGGACAGAGCCCGGCUCCGGUCGGACCGGCCCCAGCACAGCGGACAGAGCCCGGCUCCGUACUGGAUAAACGAAUACACCUCCACCUUGGGGAUUGGUGUCUUCCACUCUGGCAUCGAGAUCUACGGCAGAGAGUUUGCCUAUGGAGGGCAUCCCUACCCUUUCAGUGGGAUUUUCGAGAUCACACCCGGCAGUGCGGUAGAACUUGGCGAGACCUUUAAAUUCAAAGAAUCCAUUGCCUUGGGCACUACAGACUUCACAGAAGAGGACGUGGAUAAGAUUAUGGAAGAGCUGGGCAAAGAAUACAAAGGAAACGCGUACCACUUGAUGCACAAGAACUGUAAUCACUUUUCUUCUGCUCUGGCUGAGAUAUUAUGUGGGAAAGAGAUCCCCCGCUGGGUGAAUCGCCUGGCCUACUUCAGCUCCUGCAUCCCCUUCCUCCAGAGCUGCCUCCCCAAGGAAUGGCUGACCCCAGCAGCCCUGCAGAGCCACAUCAGCCUUGGUCUCCACAAGGAGGAACAAGGGGACACAACGGAUGAGGAGUCCCCCUCCACCUCUGCAGCCCCCUCAGCCUCAGGCACAUCACGAACCUGUAGACAUACACGGGUCUAAACUGCCCAGUUUGCCCCCAAAUAACAUCCCUGCUCUCUUGUUCUAUUUAUUUCCCAAACCUUUUGCACACACUGGCUUCUCUCUUCAACAGACAAACAGGAGAGGGAUGACGCUUUCUGCUUCAGUCCCUUUUCCAAGGACUGCCACUACAGUUGCUCAGCAAAAUGACUGUGAACCCCAACACAGAACAGAGGAUUGUGGUGACUAAACUGUAUUCUCCUCCAGGGGCCUCCAUGAUCCUUGAUCUACAGAGAACUGCUGACUCUCUCAGGCAUGAGAGCAUGUGUAUGGGCAGAGUGCACAUACUGUGAUGUUCCUUCUCUGGAACUGUUUUAACUUUUUAUCUCUCCCUCUACCCAUUUAAGACCAGCAGUCUCUUCUCUAUUUUGGCUGGGCUUUCCCUUCCCCAAUGACAAAUCACCUGCCCACGCCCAGUGAAGGAACCAGAGCCAGAACUCAACCUUCUCAUCUCAGACCAGCAACAAACUCCACUCAGAUCCAUCCCUUUUGUAAUUAUCAGGUUUCUAACUCAUGUGAAGGACAAAUGAAAGGUGCUCCUGUUCUACAACCACCUGUUUU